UCUCCACUUUCCCCAGAAGAAAAUUAUGUAUAAGCAAAUGAAUCAUAUUUAUCAUCGCCGACUCUCUCACGCACCCAACACUUACGUGCAAACCACGUCCCAAUCAUCACUCACACCUUGUGGGACCCAUGUCAUUCUGAAGCACACCUCCCUCAUUCGUGCUUCAGACUACCCGCCAUUGAAUUCAGAAAAAAAUUGCCCUAGUCAUCUGCAAACUCCUCUCUCCUUUUUCCCUAUCUAUAUCCAGCAUCAUGAACCACCGUUUCCGAUUCCGAUCACCUCCUUCGAUCUCCCUCCGAUUAUCUUCCAAUUGGCGGAGCUGCUGCUGUAUUCUCUGUAAAAUCGUCGUCCUCUAUCCGAUCUGCCACUCGCGAUUUUCUAAUUCGUAAGGGUUAAUAUGGAACCUAUGGACAUUGUUGGUAAAAAUAAGGAGGAUGCUUCGCUUCCCAAAGCAACUAUGACAAAAAUUAUUAAGGAGAUGUUGCCCCCAGAUGUCCGUGUUGCUCGAGAUACUCAGGAUCUUUUGAUUGAAUGUUGUGUAGAGUUCAUUAAUCUUAUCUCAUCAGAAUCAAAUGAAGUUUGUAAUAGAGAAGAGAGACGAACAAUUGCACCAGAACAUGUACUCAAGGCUUUGGAGGUUCUUGGCUUUGGGGAAUAUAUUGAAGAAGUUUAUGCUGCAUAUGAACAACACAGGCUAGAGACCAUGGACACGGUUAGAUCAGGGAGGUGCAGCAAUGGCGCUGCAAUGACUGAAGAAGAAGCACUAGCUGAGCAACAGAGGAUGUUUGCUGAGGCACGUGCAAGGAUGAAUGGCAGUGCUACAGUUCCCGCAAAACAGCCUGAUUCAGAAGAAGCACUAGCUGAGCAACAGAGAAUGUUUGCUGAGGCACAUGCAGGGAUGAACAGCGGUGUUACAGUUCCCUCGAAACAGCCUGAUUCAGAGGCGGACCAAAACUUGACUAGUUAAUUUUAGGACUUCUUUGUUUGUUCUGUAGGCAAGCACCUUUGACUCAUUUCUAUAAGUGGUUUCUCUUAUCUUUAUGUACAAAAAGCUCCUGUCCCGAGUGCUAGUUAUGUGAACUCUCCUUCAAUUUGUACUUGUCUCCAUAUAUUGUGUGUAAUUAAUGAGCAGAAUGAUCUACAUUCUUCAAGUG